CACUGAGUCCGAUUUCCUGCUACUGCUUAGAAACGCCCAUUUCCAGUCUAUUUUUUUCUAGGUCUGUGUGGUGCUCCACGCUCCGUCAUAUAGCGGUAAAACACUUAUGUCCGAGGUUGGUGAAAAUUGUAUUCGAUUCUGAACCAACCGAGAUCCAUAACUUGGCGUGAACAUACUCUUGACUAUGAGCAAAAGCUAACCAAGCUAACCAACCAUUUCUUACUUAGUCAGAUAGGCACGGCCGUCUGCACAACCCAAUGUGGACAUUGACAGUAGGCCCUACUAGUAGGCUAGUAAACGUUUCACCGACUGCUGGUCAAGGAUGCCAUACUCCCCUCCUCCGAAUUUCUCCUGGGUUGAGCCAGACAAGUUGGCUGGUUUGGCGAUGCCCAGGAUGACUGCUCACUACCAAUAUCUUGUAGAGAACGGCAUAAAGCACCUAGUGUCUCUGACCGAGAGGAAACCCCCAUAUCAUGACACCUGUCCAGCGCUGACACUUCAUCAUAUCAAAAUCCACGACUUUUGUGCCCCGACCUUUGAUCAAAUACACCGCUUCUUGACCAUUGUUGAAGAGGCAAAUACAAAAGGGGAGGGUGUUGCUGUGCACUGCAUGCAUGGGCAUGGGAGGACGGGCACGAUGCUAGCCUGCUACCUGGUGAAGACCAAGAAGAUCAGUGGGGUCGAGGCCGUCAACCUGAUCCGCCAAAUCCGGAGAGGAUCCAUAGAAACUAGUGAACAAGAGAAAACUGUGGUUCAGUUCUACCAGCAAAUCAAAUGACAGUCAGUGGCCGGCAUCAUUUUCAGUUAAUUAAUGAAUAAAUAAAUAACUUGUGAUGUACUGUA